AGAGUGUUGCUGGAAAAGCACAGCAGGUCAGGCAGCAUCCGAGGAGCAGGAGAGGUGACGUUUCAGGCAAAAGCCCUUAGACGGGGUCCGGAUGAGAGCGGGAGCGGAACAGGGACAGCAACAGGAGCCUGUGGUCGGACCGGCGGAGGGGGGCGGGGCAAGACGGGUACAGAGGGUGGAACAUCCGGGCAGGAACGUCCCUUCUUACGUAAUAUGUCGGCGCCACCAGCAGCUCUAGCGUCGCGGACUAGUGACGUGUAACCAGGGGGUGGUCCAACGGUAGUAUCAAUAACCCGGAUUGGAGUAGGCCCAGGCCCAGCCUAAGACUCCGGCUCCAAACAUGAACCUUCAGGAGCAGGAUGACCCGUACCUGGUGGAGGAGCCGAGUGACCAGGAGGAUCUGAGUUCCAGUUCUGAAGAUGAGUUGGACAUCCUUCUCCAUGGUACGCCUGAACGUAAACGUAAACUGAUCAAGGAGUACUUAACAGGAGAGAGUGAGUCCAGCGAUGACGAAUUUGAAAAAGAGAUGGCAGCAGAACUGGAUUCCACCAUGAAAAUUAUUGAGAAGAGCUGGGAAUUAUCGGCUGAAGGUGCUUCCUCAAGCAUCGGAAGUUGUUGCUCCAGAGCUGUUCCUGGACCACAGUACUAUGAUGAAGUCUACUUCGACUCAGACUCUGAGGCUGAAGAUGAUCAAAAAGAAUGUGAUUCAAAGAAGAAACACAAGAGGCGGAAGGUUCUGACAAAUGAUGAGCUAUUGUAUGAUCCAGAUCAAGAUGACCGUGAUCAGGCCUGGGUUGACAGACAGAGGAGAGGGUAUCGUGGGCUUUAUAACCAGUCAGACCAGUCCAAAGUAAUGCCAGUUCCAACCAGUGAUGCAGUUCUAAACUGCCCAUCAUGUAUGACAACUCUGUGUUUGGACUGUCAGCGGCAUGAAUUGUACAAAGAGCAAUAUAGAGCUAUGUUUGUGAUGAAUUGUAUUAUUAACAGAGGAGAAGUUCUCAAAUACAAAGAGGCAAGAAACCGCAAGCGAAGGAACAAAUACAAAAAAGUAAAAGGCCCAACGGCAGACAUCUUGCCUGGCUCACCACAGAACAGUGAGGAAGAAGUGUAUCAUCCAGUGCGCUGUGCAGAGUGUUCAGUGGAAGUGGCAGUGUUUGACAAAGAUGAAGUGUAUCAUUUCUUUAAUGUUCUUGCCAGUCAUUGUUAGAAAAUCAAUCAAAUUUUAAAAACAUUUAAGAACAGCUGAGUCUACUUUUUAUAAAGUGAACAUAGCAAAAGGUGGUUCAGGUAAUCCUGUUAGGGGAUCAAAUGCUGCUGUUAAUUAAUACAGUCAGUAGAUAACUGUCAUAGAUAACAGAAAUCCCAUUUGUGACUGCUGCCACUUGGCCAACAUGACAUCAAAAUCACAGUGAAUAUGAUAUUCCAACUCUCUUCCCUUCUUGUAAUCUAAUAGUAACUUUGAGUGAUUAUUGUGCUGUUUGGAUUCUGUUUAAAUAAUUCAUUCAAUGGGGUGGAUGGAGCACAUCAGAAGAUAACACUUACCCAUUACAUUUAAAAGUAAACCAUUUCAUAGUUUAAAAGAAACUUCAUUGAAAGUUUCAGCAGUGUUUUGAAUGCCAGUUGUUUGUAGUAAUAACGUAUUUAGCAGAAGACAGGUGUGGUCAUCAGUCAUAUGUUUGUAGGUAACUGCUUUGUACAAAGCCCUGUGGACCUGUCUUUUGUAACACUUCUCUACCCACUGUAAAGCCAGUUAAAACUAAUCAACUUACGCAGACCUAUACUUCGGCAUUUCUGACCAAAGUGAACAGAUGGUAUUCUAUUGUAAUUUGAAGCUACGCAUAUUUGACAAUUCGGUCUUUUAAGGCCUCUGAUGUAACCAUGUUCUCUCCAUAUGUAAUUCUGGCCUCCAUCUACUGCCUAGGUUAAAUUCUAGAAUUUUGUCCACAUCACUCCCCUUUUGUUUGAAUCAUGAGGAGCAUUAACAGGGAGAUUAGACAAGGUCUUUUCACUGGGAGAGGGGGAGUCAAAACUAGAGGGUAAAGGAUAAAAGUGAGAGAAAGAUUUAAAAAGGAAUACAAUGGGUAACGUUUUCAUGCAGAGGGUGGUAGGUGUAUGAAAUGACUACCAGAAGAAUUGGUAGAGGCUGGUACAAUUACAAGCAUUUAAGAAGCAUCUGGAUGAGUAAAUGAACAGGAAGAGUUUAAGAGGGAUAUGUGGCAAAUGGAUCUAGAUAUAUUUAGGAUAUCUGGUCAACUUGGACAAGUUUGUUUCUAUUCUGUACAGCACUCCAUUUGAAAUUUAAGGACAGUCUCAUGCCAUCUGCUGACACUAAUCAGAACUGCUGGUUAAAUGCCACAAAGCACAGCUUAAAAAAAUGGUGCAAUUAAACUUAUUUAUCCAAAAGCUUUUGGGCAAAAUGCUAAUUAUGUAAAUAGAUUAGCACAUGGUUCAAAGAGAUUGGAAUGUUUCAAUUGUGAAUAAUUCUAAAAUGGAAUGGAAAAAAAGCAGAUUAAGUAGAUCAUUAUUUUAAACAGUCAUGGAGAGCUUCAGCAGAGACUGAUCCUUUCUCCCAAAUUGGUCCAUACUGACCAAAAUGUCCAUUCACACUAAUUCAAGUGGCCAAAUGCAAAUAGAUGGAAUUUGGCCACAUCAGCUCUGAGGGACUCAUGGGCUUGCUCAUGUUCCUGUGGAAGGAUCUUAAAUGAUCUAAUUGAAAAUGACUUGAUCCAAGACAAUCCUGAAGAACUCCUGCAGAAUAUUCAACGCUAAGAUCUUUGUUGGCCAGCAGCCACAAUUAUUUUUAUUGCACUUGAAUAGGAAUCCAACUGGUGACAAGAUUUUGCCCAGAUUCAAAUUGAUUUCAUGUUAAAUAUUUAAUGAAUUUGGAUUUUAAAAAUGUCAUGGUAAGAGUAAGCAUUAAAAGAACAGUUUGUCAUUGGAAAGCAUUUGUUAACUAAUCUGAUCCCUUACCUGGGCUUUUCUACAUAUGAUACUAGGUCAAGAUACAGAAAACACAGCCAGACUCCUUCAGCUUCAAGAGGAAAACACCUCUAGGUCUGGUUUAGUCAGGAGACGGAUGUCUUGAGAAUUCAACACUGCGCUGAAGGGAUGAAAGGCAGAUAAUAUAAUAUGGAUGGGGUUAGCUUCAGUGCCAAAUCACCAAGAGUAAGUCAGUAUGACUACUGACUAUGCAGAGCAUGGAGUGAGCCUUGUCAGGAAACAACCAGGAGGAACACCUAUGCUUUAAUAAUCAGGAAGGUAAUGCAAUGCUAGCUUUCAUAGUCAUACAGCACAGAACUGACCCUUUGGCCCAACUCAGCUGUACUGAACUACAGUUGUUCUACUAUAAAUGCGACAGUUGUAUUCCUCUGCAACCUCAUGCAAAAGAGAAUCACACUAUGGGAAACCACUAUAGAAGAUCAUGCUGUGGAACAUCUAAUAAAGCCAUUCAGCAGAAAGUUUGCAUUGUUUGCAAACAAUGGCCACAAUUCAAUCUCAUAGCCAACUCACACUGAUUGGGGCAGUGCAGUUGCUCAGUGGUUAGCACUGCUGCCUCACAGCACCAGGUCCCAGGUUUGAUUCCAGCCUUGGGUGACAGUCUGUGUGGUGUUUGCACAUUCUCCCCAUGUCUGCGUGGGUUUCCUCUGGCUGAUCCGGUUUCCUCCCUCAGUCCAAAGAUGUGCAGGUCAGGUGGAUUGGCCAUGUUAAAUUGCCCAUAGUGCUCGGUACAUUAGUCGGGGGGGUGGGUUACUCUUCAGAGGGUUGGUGUGGACUGGUUGGGUCGAAGGGCCUGUUUCCACACUGUAGGGAAUCUAAUCUAAACACACAUUAAGGAACUACCUGUAGUGGCAUUUGCCUAUAUUUGGCUUUUGUCCCACUUCAACCUUUCCUAGCCAUGUACUGCCUAAAUGUCUUUUAGAUAGUGUUAAGUGUACCUUCCUCUGGCAGUUCAUUCCAGAAACACACACACCAAAAGGUUACAUGAGAAAGUUGCCACCCAUAUCCUUUUUAAAUCUUUCCUUUCACCACCUGGCCAUACUAGUCUGAAAACGUCUGAUCUCAAAAGCGAAGCAGACUCAGGCCUGGUUAGUACUUGGAUGGGAGGGGGCCUGGGAAUACCAACUGCAAUAGGCUUUAUGGGCAGCACAGUGGCACUGCUGCUUCACAGCACUAGAGAUCUGGGUUCAAUCCCUGACUCAGGUAACCAUCUGUCUCAAGAUUGCACAUUCUCUCAGUGUCUGCAUGGGUUUCCUCCGGGUGCUCUAUGUGGACUUCAGUAAGGCUUUCGACAAGGUUCACCAUGGGAGAUUGAUUAGCAAGGUUAGAUCUCAUAGAAUACAGGGAGAACUAGCCAUUUGGCUACAGAACUGGCUCUAAGGUAGAAAAGGAGGGUGGUGGUGGAGGGUGGUUUUUCAGACUGGAGGCCUGUUACCAGUGGAGUGCCACAAGGAUUGGUGCUGGGUCCUCUACUUUUUGUCAUUUACAUAAAUGAUUUGGAAGCGAGCAGAAGGAUGUACAGUUAGUAAGUUUGCAGAUGACACCAAAAUUGGAGGUGUAGUGAACAGCGAAGAGGGCUAUCUCAGAUUACAACAGGAUCUGGACCAGAUGGGCCAAUGGGCUGAGAAGUGGCAGAUGGAAUUUAAAUCAGAUAAAUGCGAGGUGCUGCAUUUUGGGAAAGCAAUUCUUAGCAUGGCUCAUACACUUAAUGGUAAAGUCCUAGGGAGUGUUGCUAAAGAGACCUUGGAGUGCAGGUUCAUAGCUCCUUGAAAGUGGAGUCACAGGUAGAUAAAUGUAGAUGACAUUUGGUAUGCUUUCCAUUAUUGGUGAUUGUAUUGAGUACAGGAGUUGGGAGGUCAUGUUGCAACUGUAUAGGUGAUUGGUUAGGCCACUGCUGGAAUAUUGCGUGCAAUUCUGGUCUCCUUCCUCUCGGAAAGAUGUUGUGAAACUUGAAAGGGUUCAGAAAAAAUUUCUAACGAUGUGGCCAAGAUUGGAGUAUCAGAGCUACAGGGAAAGUGAACAGGUUGGGGCUGUUUACCCUGGAGUGUCGGAGGCUGAGGGGUGACCUGAUAGAGGUUUAUAAAAUUAUGGGGUAAAUAGACAAGGUUUUUUUCCCUGGGGUUGGGGGAGUCCAGAACUAGAGUGCAUAGGUUUAGGGUGAGAGGGGAAAGAUACAAAAGAGACCUAAGGGGCAACCUUUUCACACAGAGGGGUUCGUGUGUAGAAUGAGCUGCCAGAGGAUGUGGUGGAGGCUGGUACAAUUGCAAAUGAAUAGGAAGGGUGCUGGUAGGUGGGACUAGAUUGGGUUGGGAUAUCUGGUCAGCAUGGACAGGUUGGACCAAAGAGUCUGUGUGAGUCAUAGAAAUAUACAGAUGUAUAGCACGGAAACAAAGAUAAACGAAACCAAAGCUUCGAUGCCAUUUGGAGUACUGCAAGCAGCUCUAAGCACCACACCAUCAGAUGGAUAUUUUAGUCUUGUAGCAAAUAGGUUUACAAGAACAAUGCCCAGGAGUUCUAGGAUUACAUUUGAGAUCAGACUACACAAGCUUGUUUUCUCUAGAAUGUAAAAAGGUUAGGGGGUGAUCUGAUCAAAGUCUUGAAGGUGUAAAUAGGAAGAGAUCGGGCAAGAUAAACUACUUCCACUGGUUGGGGAUACUACAACUAAGGGGCAUACUGUAAGAGAGAGGGUCAGACAGUUCAGACGCACCUCCACAGACAAAGGGUGGCAGAUGUUUCCUCAAGUGGCAGUGUUAAAGGUUUAUCUAUCUUAGAUAAAAAGUUAAGCGAGAUAUGGGCCAAAGGCAAAUAUACAGAAUUAGAUCACAAAAAAAAAACAAAUACCUUCCCUAAACAAGGGGGAAGAAAAAGAGAAAGAAACUCUCCUCCUCUUUAACAGCAGGAACACACCGAUUGUAGCCUAGCCAACACAGUCAGUUCCCUAAACCGAGGAGAUUCUAAAUCUCCUAGUUAUAAUACCCCACCCCACCAAAAAGCAGUUGUUUAUUAUUUUCCCCAGCACCCAUGUGUGUGCAGGUGUAAGAGACAGUGCAAGACAACAGGUGUACAAAUCCUUUUUUUUUCUUCCUGGUGAUGGAAAUUGAAUACCUCCCCCCACCCCAAGUGGCCAGUGACAAGCAGUGUCCUUCUCAAAGGGCAAUGCUGCAUGAUCAAAUAGUGAAGGGGUGGGCAGGGAUUCAACCAUAAUCUAGUCUUGUGGCCAUCAUAUCAGGUCAGUCUACCAUCAAACCAGGGGCUGGUCUAGCUUCAAAGAAUAUGCCAAAAUCAGCACCUGGUAUAUCUCAAAAGGUGACAAGCUAGUGAGGUUCAACACUAGAAAGUUCUGUGGAACAAAGGGACUUGUGUGUUCAUCCAUAGAUAUCUGAAGGCAGAAGGGUAUGUUAAUAGGGUGGUGAAAAAGCCAAAUGCGCCACUAGCAGUUUUCAAAACAGCACAGAUUCCAAAAGCAGGGAAGUAAUGUUGGAGUUGCACAGAACUUAGCCUCAAGUGUUGAAGGGAAUUCAAACCUUACUGCUGACCAGAAACUGAACUGGACAAGCUACACAAAUAAUCUGGCUACAAGACCAAGUUAGAUGCUGAGCACUUUCCUGACUUGCCUGGAUAAGUGAAGCACGAACACCACUCACGUCAACACCAUCCACAACAAAGCAAAGCAGUCUUAAAUCAGUAUUCCAUGUACCAACUGAAUAAAAAGCUUUUUGUCUUUUACUCAAGACGAAGAAACAUCAAAACUCAAAAGGAAAACAAUUUAUACUGCGUGAAACAAAAAUGAACAAUUGCUAAUAGUAUUGUAAUAGGAAACAGUUCUCCAUGCUAUUUCAAAAUGAUUCAAUGCCCAAGUAAUGUACUCUCUGCAGAAUACAGGACCUUGUACAUGAAUACACAGUGAACAAUAACUAAUUGUUCUUGCUUUCUAGGAGGUUCAAGCAGGGAUUUGCUUUAAUCACCUUCAAAAAGGGGAAAUCAUAAAAAGUGCCAAAGCUGAUCUUUCAGUCCACAUUCAUAACAUGCUAGAGUGGACUUACUGGUGAGACAAGAUAGCUACAUAUAGAAUAAUGCUCUCUGUUAAAAGCAUUUCUCAGAAUUGUUACCAGUGGUUUAGUUAUUUCCUAAAUCUAGACAUUGGAGCAAUACAGCACAUAAAUGCCAUAUUAGAAGACCACUUUCAUCUGGUUACCAAAUUCACAAUUUUCAUGUUGACGUUUAACAAGCUAAGAAAAAAAAAAGGACAACUUUCAAAAUACUUUAUAAUAUUUAUAAGUGUGAUUAAAAUGCCUACCUUUAUUGAGUGAAACAAAGUUACAAAAUUAGCGGAUUAUGAACCAAAUACAACAGCUAUGGCAAUAAUCCUGAAAUCAAGUUAGUAACAGCUACAAACCCUCCAAAGUGAUUCUGACCAUAAUACUGAAGAUAAAGUUACAUCACAGCCUGAAUCUAUCUGAAAAAUGCGGAGUAUGUGGAACUGUAAGUUGCUGCUCACUGGGUUUGAUUUCCACUUUCUUGUAAUGUCGAACAGGAUUUGCUUUAUGUACCUGCAAAACAAUAAAAAAGGUCGAGACUCAAUUCUUUUUUCCCCA